GACAAAAUCCAUCUCAAGGAACUUUGUUAAGAGCAACUCAAUUUCUGGCAGAUGAAUUACCAAUUCGUAUUGCACAUCGUGUCAAGGAAUUGGAUAAUUUGCCACAUAAUUUGAGUGAAAUGCCAUCAAUAGUUAAAGUCAAAAAUUGGUAUGCUCAGUCUUUUGAGGAACUAGUCAAUUUUCCGAAACCCGAGCUUCCAACAAGUAUGAGGGAAAAACUUUCUGCAAAUUCUUCUGAACAUACAAAGUUACCUGAUAAUGUGCCCAACAUUUCAAUAAAUUUGACUAAUUCAGGAAAAUUAAACCCUUCUAUACCAAUUUGUCAUAGAUAUUAUUCAAAUAUUGACGAAGUAAAUUGGCCGCCUGAAGUUCGUUAUUAUAACGAAAAAUUUACAAAAUUGAUAGAAGCAAUCAAACGGCGACAUGAUCCUGUUGUGACCACAGUGGGAAUUUUAGAAUACAAGCAGCAUAAGAAAUCAGCCGUAAUUGAUACAGACAUUCAAGCAUUCUUGGAUCGUUUUUAUAUGUCACGCAUUGGGAUUCGUAUGCUGAUUGGUCAACACGUCGCGCUUAAUCGACUUCCAUCAAGACCAGAUUAUGUAGGUAUUAUAUGUACCAAAACCAACAUUGCACAAACUGUACAAGAUGCGGCGGAUAAUGCCAGGUUCAUCUGUGAAGAAUAUUAUGGACUCUUUCGUGCACCUGAAAUUCAGUUAUAUUGUCCACACGAUUUAAUUUUUACUUACGUCCCCACACAUUUGAGCCAUAUGUUAUUUGAAUUAUUAAAAAAUAGUUUGCGUGCCGUGGUAGAAUUGUUUGGUGAUGAAGUAGAUGAAUAUCCUCCAAUUAGAGUAAUUGUAGCCGAAGGAAAAGAAGAUAUUACAAUCAAAAUAUCGGAUGAAGGUGGCGGUAUACCAAGAAGCAAUAUCCCUUUGGUAUGGACUUAUAUGUACACGACAGCAGAAGUACAGAAAUUGGAUCCAGAUUUCGUCGAUACAGAUUUCAAAGCUCCAAUGGCAGGUUUUGGCUAUGGACUACCCAUCAGUAGACUGUAUGCUAGAUAUUUUGGUGGUGAUUUGAAGUUGAUUUCAAUGGAAGG